AGCUGCGCAGACAUGAAGUGUAUUGCAAAGCAAGUGUUGUUUAUUGUGCUAACUUUAGAUUUCUAUGCAUUAGGGAGUUUCAUUGCCCUGGUUCCAACUACCAUUUGGGAUCAAUCAACGGUUCGCGUUGGACUUGCCAACGUCGGUUCCGGUGGCUUCGAACGAUUUGACGUCACUUUGGAGCGAUCGAUCAAGUCUGAUAACAGGAAAGAUCUCAAAAGCAGCGUUUCCGUUGCACCGAACGAGGUCAAAACCGCUCCUUUUAAGAUACAGAAAUUAGAAAAAGGAGCUUUUAAGAUAAACCUUCAACAAUUAGAAGGGAAAAAAGUUUCAAGAACCACAAAUCUUCAGAUCAUAAAAAAACCAGCCGUAAUUCAGAUUCAAACGGACAAGCCGAUCUACAAACCGGGAGACACGAUCAAGUUUCGGAUAUUGGUCUUAAAUCAAGAGUUGAAACCGGUGACAAAGCUCAAGAGUGUAAACGUGAAACUUACCGACAGCAAACGGAAUCUCAUCAGGGAAUGGACCUACGGAAAGCUUGAUAAUGGAGUGUUUCAGUCUCAGUUGGAGUUGGCAAAUUUUGUACCGCUGGGUUCGUGGAAUCUGAAGGUCACUGCAAAUGAUGGUGAAGUGAAGCAGAAGUCCAUAAAUGUUUCUGAGUAUGUUUUGCCGAAACACAAAAUUUCAAUCAAAAGUCCUAAGAUCGUCACUUACAAAGAUCAACACUUGGAGUUGAUCGUAGAGGCAAUGUACACCUUUGGCAAGCCAAUCAAAGGUAAGCUUACUCUGACAACAAAGCACUUGGUGAUCAACACCAACAUCGACGGUCGCUCCAAGACCGGUGUAGAACUGGACAAGGUUCUUCGUGGUCGUCCAAACACCGAUGUAACAUGGCUUGACGUAGACGCCGUACUCCAGGAAGCUGGAUCAGAUCACCAGUUCCGGACGAGCGAAAGCAUUCCGAUCUACAAAAGCCAUCACAAGAUCACCCUAAGGAAGUCAUCUGAUUACCUACUUGACGAUGUCCCCUACAAAUGCUGGCUCAUUCUAACCGAUCCCUUCGGAAUACCGCUGGAGAAUCCAGGCAUCCUUAAAAUCAAGGCAACUCGUAUGAUCCGCUUCUGGGUUGACAAAAAGUACGAGAUCAAGAAGACUCCCGAUCGCUACGGUGUUGUGGACCUUGAGUUCGAGACUUCGUCGAGCACCGAAGGGCUCGAGGUGGAAGUUUCGUACAAUGGAGAAAUUACAAAGUUUUUGGUCAAUGCACACAGCGAUGAUCAGCGCUCGUUCUUCCAAGCAACGUCCCUCACCGAACGUCCAAAGCUCAGUCAACCCGCCCAGAUCUUGGUGGUUAGCUCGUUCAAGAUGUCCUUCUUGGCGUACUACGUGAUCGCAAGGGGAGAGAUCGUAUCCAGCGGGGUAGUUCAGGUGAAAGCAAGUCGAAGCGCUACCUUCACCGUUACGCCUAAUGCAGUGAUGACCUCUUCAAGUGUGACAAUCUUCACGAUCAACAAUGGCGAUCUUAUGCAGAGCAUCGUGCAUCUCAAAGUAAAUGAUCUGAACAACUUCGUCAACGUAACCCUCUCCAAAAAUAUAACAGCACCUCGCGAAAAACUGACCUUGAACAUCCAAUCCAAACCAGGAUCAAUGAUCGGACUUUUGGCGGUGGACGAAAGCGUUCUUCUGAUGGGUGAGGGUAACGACAUCACCAAGCGAUCCCUGAGUGAAGAUCUACAAUCGAGCAAGGAUAGUGAUGAUCUUGAGGAUCUUGGCUUCAUUGUAGUUACUGAUGCUCGCGUGAAGGUGAAUCUUGUUUCCUCCCGAUUUGGUGUGCUGGAUGGGGAGAUUGACCCGGAUUUUCACCGGAAAGAGUUACCCGAGAGCUGGCUGUGGACCGAUAUGGCCGCGGUGAACCCCUCUGGACAGCUGGAGAUCAGCGCGAUCGUCCCGGACACGAUCACCGGCUGGUCGAUCAGUGCGAUUGCAAUAAGCCCCGAACACGGUCUUGGUCUUUUAGACCAUCCAGUUUCGUUAGCGACUUUGAAGCCUUUCUUCAUCACCGUCAACUUAGCUUACUCGAUCCUGAAAACGGAGGUCGCCGUUGUUGAGGUGUUCCUGUACAACUACUUAAAGAAAACGAUUGACGUUUCGGUAGAAUUAGCUGCUGAUACCGUUGACUUCACGGUUGUAGACGAGCGGAACCAAAUCGUUCAAGAUCGAAUAAAGAAAACAUCCAUAGGCGCUGACUCCGUGAAGAAGCAAACGUUCCUGCUAAAACCAAACAGAUCCGGAAACCUCCCUUUGACCGUUUCUGCAAAAUCCGCCACCGAACGAGACGCCGUUCAGAAGAUCCUCCGGGUGCGAUCGGGAGGUAUUCAGUACUACCGCAACGAGGCACGCUUCAUCGAGGUCGACGGAUCGACGCAAAACUUCAACGACAUCCGGUUGGUGAUCCCACGGCCGGCAACCCCUGGAACUGAAAACAUAACCUUCUCGGUCGAGGGAAUCCUGCUGGGCGCUGCCCUAACCAAUCUCGACAAGCUGAUCCGUCUGCCGACGGGUUGUGGCGAGCAGACCAUGCUGAACCUGGUGCCCAGCGUGCUGGCUCUGGAGUACAUGACCGGAACGGGUACGCUACCGGAUGCUACUAAAUCUCAAGCGUUGGAUCUACUCCAGAAGGGCUACCAAAACAUGCUCAAGUACAAGCUACGCGACGGAUCGUUCAGCGUCUUUGGGCAGAGCGACGGCCGUGGAAGUGUGUUCUUGACGGCGUUCGUAGCGAAGACGUUCCGUUUGGCAGGCAAGCACAUUACGGUCGAUUCCGGGGUUGUCAAGACUGCGUACGACUGGUUAGCCAAGCAGCAGGAGGCUUCCGGUAGAUUCGCUGAGUUGGGCAAGAUCUGGCACCAAGGGAUUCAAGGUGGGCUGACUGCAGGAGUUCCGUUGACGGCGUACACGUUGGUAGCGUUUCUGGAACACAAGAAUCUUGUACAGCAGUACAAACCAGUGAUCGACAAGGGAGUGGCAUUCCUUGCAAGCAAGAUCAACGAACUAAAGAAGCCCUACGAGUUGGCACUGGUGUCGUACGCGCUUCAACUAGCAGAUCAUCCCCAGAAAGGGUUUGCGCUGGACAAACUACUCUUGGAAGGACACAGAAGUGAUACAAACUCGUCUACGCGCUGGUGGGAUGACGGAGCAACCAGCAUCGAAACAACGGCGUACGCCCUGCUGACUUUCAUGAACAGGGCAAUGUACGUCGAUGUCAAAUCCAUCAUGAAGUGGCUCGUUUCUCAACGCUACGACAAGGGAGGUUACGGCAACACCCAGAAUACCUUCGUCGGACUACAAGCCCUUGCAGAUUACUCCAGAAAGUUGUCACCCUCGCAGAACAACUACGAAAUCGUAAUCUCCUCCCCAUCCGGACAACGGCAAACCCUUUCCGUUAACCCGCAGUCUUCACUGAUCAGUCAACGACUAACCCUAACGUCCAGGACACGGAAGGUCAACGUCGCGAUCACCGGAACGGGGACGGGAGUGUUCCAAGUGGCUUACCAGUUCAACGCACCACCUCCCGACGCGGAACCAAGGUUCGAGAUUGUCAAGACACAGCAGGAUACGGACACGGCCGUCAAUCUAAACAUUUGUGCCCGAUACAAGCCGAAGAAGCCGGACGAGGUGACCAACAUGGUCCUGAUGGAGGUGCUCUUCCCAAGCGGGUACGUUGUAGCGGACGAGACGCUGAACCGCUUGAAGAGCAACAAGCUUGUUAGGAAAAUCGAAACCAAACGGGACGAGACUCGACUGGUGCUGUACUUUGACUCGCUACCGACGGAGAAUGCGACCUGCGUGGACGUUUCCGGACUGCGAAAGGCGAUCGUGCUAGGGAGGAUUGCCGGGUUGAUCAAGGUGUACGAUUACUAUGAACCUGCACGAGAAGCAAUGCAGUAUUUCUUGGGGAAAGAAAUGGAAGCUGAUCGAGAACUUUGAGGAAAGUUUUGUAUUUUUAUAUCUAUUACGAGUUCUUUCAUUCCACGAUUUUUCAAAAUAAAGAAAAGCUUUUCAUAACCUC